UGCAGCCUUCCAGUGAGAGAUUGACAUGGGAACAUUCAGCAUAUCCACAGGCGAGGAGAAAGGGGAAAUCUGAAACUAGUCUUCCCUCGUGAAUCGCUAAAACAUGGGAUAACAGGGCCAAACGGACCGUACUUCAACCGCGAUCCCGAUUAGUAACGGGGAGACGGGAUUUGUCGUGGGGAAAACUGUCUCUUUGUUUUUUGAUUCGGUUCUUUUUGGACUCUCGAUACAAAGGAUUUAUCAGCAUAUGUGGAAGAUUGGGGUCCUGUGUUAUUAAUACAACAUUAACAUCACGAAAUGCAUAGAAAAUGUGUAAAUAACUCAAAUGGAAAGUAAGUAGGCCUAAUUAGAAAGCUAUUAUCACUUUUCUCGUCACAUGAGACUUGCAUGCCCAGAUCAUCAGCGCAAGGAGAGGACAGAUGCUGUCAUUGUGUCGAGACUGAGAUUUUUUUACCGUUCAUAUUCUGCAAGUGAUCUUGUUGGAAUGAUGCAGUAUCGAGAAAGCCCUUUAGUUUCUUUCACAGUCCCUGGUUUUAGUACAAAAAAAUCAAUUUAUCUGGAUGAAAAUAGAUAUUGUGAUUGCGAAAAGGUAUUAAUAGAUACAUUGGUGUUUUUUAAGGGUGUUAGUAAUAUCACAAUUACAACUGGUAUUUUUCAGUUUUAGUUUGUUUCAGUAUUGAAAGCCACGUAGGCUAUCUGUACCUUUCUUCGGUCGGAACUGGAUCAUAAGGCAAUUCGAGAAAUAGCGCUUCAGUUCUGGUGACAUCACCCGCAGCAUCGAAUAGAACUGAACUGUAGAUUAUCAACAAUGGUGGAGCCGGUGGGAUUCAUCGAAGCCUGGAAAGCGCAGUUUCCCGAAUCGGAUCCCCCUAAAAUGGAGCUCCGGUCGGUUGGGGGCAUCGAGCAGGAGCUGGAAAAAUGCAAAGCCUCUAUCCGACGGCUGGAGAUGGAGGUCAACAAGGAGCGCUUCCGCAUGAUAUACCUGCAGACGCUCCUGGCCAAGGAGAGGAAGAGCUACGACCGUCAGCGCUGGGGCUUCAGGAAGACCCAGAUGGCGGAGGGGGACCAGGCUGGACUGGGGGCAGACUCCCAGCAACCCCACGUCCAGGAGCAGGGGGAGAGGACGAGGUUCCAGCCGGUGGGAGAGACACGCUCCAAACCUCGGCCGCCUCCGGCCCGGAAGUCCGCCUCCCACGGGGAUGGGCUGGAGCUCCAGUCUGCCUUCGAGGUACCUCAGCAGGUGGAGUCCUGCGACACAGACGGACUCUCGCCCUCCAAGCAGAGAGGGGGCAUCUCCCCUCGCCGUCCGCACCCCGUCCCAGACAAGGACCUCGUCAUGGACCCCAAGGACAAGCACGCCAUGGGGCUCGGCGUGGCGGCGCUACGGUCCAACUUUGAGAGAAUCAAGAGGGCCAACUCCCACUCUGCGGGGGAUGUGGCCAAGACCCAGGAGAAACAGCAGCAGCAGCAGCCCUUCUACACCAACAUGGAGUUCCACCACGACCGGGGGCUCGUCCGGGUCAACGACCGCGAGGUGUCCGACAAGAUCAGCACCCUGGGCAGCCAGGCCAUGCAGAUGGAGCGGAAGAGGUCCCUGCACUCGCUGCCGGGCAACCUGGCGACCGUCGCCGGCGAGCUGCGCACCCGGCCCGUCUACAGGGGGCGCUCCACCGAGAGUACGUGCGGCUACGACGCCGAGUACGAGGACGGCGAGCCCAACCCGCGUCACCCGAGGGCCAACGGGGGGAAGCCCCCCCCGCCGCCAUGGCAGCCGUCCGACUUCCAGCCCUACACGAGUGUUUACGUGGGAGGGGUGAUGAUGGGCGAGGGCGGGGGGGACGGGCGGGGGACGGGCGUCACCAUGAGGGACCACGGCCUGGGUGACGAGCAUCACCUGACCUGGCCCCGGCGCUCCUAUUCGCCGGGCAGCUUCGAGGACGUGGGGGGCGGCGGGGGUGGCUACACGCCGGACUGCAGCUCCAAUGAGAACCUGACGUCGAGCGAGGAGGACUUUUCCUCGGGCCAGUCCAGCCACGUGUCCCCCAGCCCCACCGCGGCCUUCAGGCGGCCCUUCAGGGAGAAAAGCCGCUCGCCGUCGCAGAACUCCCAGAAUUCCCAGCAUUCCUUUGACAGCAGCAGCCCUCCGACGCCACAAUCCCAGAAGCGCCAUCGCCAAGGUCAUGUUGUCGUUUCCGAAGCCACCAUCGUCGGCGUCCGCAAGACCGGUCAGAUCUGGCCUCCGCACGACCCCGAGUCCGGCCCCCAUGGCAGAGCCUCGCAUGACAACAGUUUCCAUGGAGACCUGGAAGGCCCCUUCACGGGAACCCCUCCCACCUAUGGCUACGAUGCGGACCGGGCGGAGGAGCAGCGGAGACAUCACGACAUCCUGCCUUACAUCGACGACUCCCCGUCCUCCUCGCCGCACCUCAUCAAGAGCCGCAGCAGCCGCGACACGCUCUCCUCCGGCUCGCUCGAGUCCUCCAAGUCGACAGAGCUGGACCUGGAGAAGGGUCUGGAGAUGAGGAAGUGGGUCCUGUCCGGGAUCCUGGCCAGCGAGGAGACCUACCUCAGCCACCUGGAGGCUCUGCUGCUGCCCAUGAAGCCCCUGAAGGCCGCUGCCACCACCUCCCAGCCCGUGCUGUCCAUCCCCCAGAUCGAGACCAUCUUCUUCAAAGUGCCGGAGCUCUAUGAGAUCCACAAGGAGUUUUACGACGGCCUGCUACCCAGGGUGCAACAGUGGAGCCACCACCAGCGCGUCGGAGACCUCUUUCAGAAACAGGCCAGCCAGCUGGGAGUGUACCGGGCCUUCGUGGACAACUACGAGGUCGCCGUGGAGACGGCGGAGAAGUGCUGCCAGGCCAACACGCAGUUCGCCGAGAUCUCUGAGAACCUGAAGGUGAGGAGCACCAAGGAAUGCAAGGACCAGUCCGCCAAGAACUCCCUGGAGACUCUGCUUUAUAAGCCGGUGGACCGUGUCACUCGCAGCACCCUGGUACUGCACGACCUGCUGAAGCACACUCCCUCCAGCCACCCCGACCACCCCCUCCUCCAGGACGCCUUGCGCAUCUCCCAGAACUUCCUGUCCAGCAUCAACGAGGAGACCACGCCUCGCCGUCAGUCCAUGACCGUCAAGAAGGGAGAGAACCGUCAGCUGCUGAAAGACAGCUUCAUGGUGGAGAUGGUGGAGGGAGCCAGGAAGCUUCGUCACGUCUUCCUCUUCACCGACCUGCUGCUGUGCGCCAAGCUCAAGAAGCAGAUCGGAGGGAAGAGUCAGCAGUAUGACUCUAAGUGGUACAUCCCUCUAUCAGACCUGACCUUCCAGAGCGGCGAGGAGGCGGAGCCUCUGUCUAUCCCCCAGGUGCCCGACGAGGAGCUGGAUGCCAUGAAGGUCAAGAUUUCCCAUCUGAAGAGUGAGAUCCAGAGAGAGAAGAGAGCCAACAAGGGGUCAAAGGUCAUCGACAGGCUGAAGAAGAAGCUGUCGGAGCAGGAGUCUCUCCUGCUGCUCACGUCCCCCAGCAUGGCCCUCAGGGUCCACAACCGCAACGGCAAGAGCUACAUGUUCCUGAUGUCGUCAGACUACGAGAGGGCGGAGUGGAAAGAGAUGAUCCGAGAGCAGCAGAAGAAAUGUUUUAAGAGCGUGGCCCUGACGUCCGUGGAGCUGCAGAUGCUGACCAACUCGUGUGUGAAGCUGCAGACGGUGCACCACAUCCCCCUCACCGUCAACAAAGAAGAUGACGAGUCCCCCGGCCUCCACGGGUUCCUGAAUGUAAUCGUCCACUCGGCCUCCGGCCUCAAGCAGAGCUUGAAUCUCUAUUGCGCACUGGAGGUCGACUCCUUUGGCUACUUUGUGAACAAGGCCAAGACGAGAGUUUACCGCUACACCACUGAACCCAAAUGGAACGAGGAGUUUGAGAUUGAACUGGAGGGCUCGCAGACCUUGAGGCUCCUCUGCUAUGAGAAGAGCUACAACAAAAGCAAGCCCAACAAGGAGGAUGGGGACAGCACAGACCACAUCAUGGGCAAGGGACAGAUACCGCUUGACCCACAGACGCUCCAAGGAAAAGACUGGCAGAGAACAGUGAUCCCCAUGAACGGGAUCGAGGUGAAGCUCUCUAUGAAGUUCACCAGCCGGGAGUUUAGCCUGAAGAGGAUGCCGUCACGGAAACCGAUGGGCGUUUUCGGCAUCAAGAUCUCCACGGUGACGAAACGGGAGCGCUCCAAGGUGCCCUACAUCGUGAGACAGUGUCUGGAGGAGAUCGAGCGGCGGGGGAUGGAGGAGGUGGGCAUCUACAGGGUCUCAGGGGUGGCCACAGACAUCCAGGCCCUGAAGGCCGCCUUCGACACCAAUAACAAGGACGUGUCUGUGAUGAUGAGCGAGAUGGACGUGAACGCGAUUGCCGGGACCCUGAAGCUUUACUUCAGAGAACUUCCAGAGCCCCUCUUCACAGACGAUCUCUACCCCAACUUUGCUGGAGGCAUAGCCCUGUCUGACAGUGUCGCCAAAGAGAGUUGUAUGCUGAACCUGCUGCUGUCUCUACCGGAACCCAACCUGGUCACCUUCCUCUUCCUGUUGGACCACCUCAAGAGGGUGGCAGAGAAGGAGAGCAUCAACAAGAUGUCUCUCCACAACCUGGCCACCGUGUUUGGGCCGACCCUGCUGCGGCCCGCCGAGAAGGACAGCAAGAUCCCCACCAACCCCACGCAGCCUAUCAGCAUGGGCGACAGCUGGUCCUUGGAGGUCAUGUCACAGGUCCAGGUGUUGCUAUACUUCCUCCAGCUGGAGACUAUUCCCACUCCGGACAGUAAACGACAGAGCAUCCUCUUCUCCACAGAAGUAUAGAGGGACCCUCGUUUUACCCUACAAAGACAAUGAAAGAUGGAGAGAAUGAGAGGACGUUUGGCUCAAACUGAGCCUGUAGUUCAGUAUAUCUUAUCUGGGGAGACUUGUGUGACCAGGCCACUGCUGGACUGAAGCAGUGCUGUUCUACUUUCCACAGUGCCCCCCCUCCCCCCCCCGUAUUCUUGAAACAGUCAGCUGAGGUAGACCAGAAGACCGGAAGGCCGGAAGACCAGUCCUCCACGUCACACACACACAUCUCAGACGAUGCAGCAUCACGUCACACCCAGUGUGACUCUCUGUGCCUCCUCCAACGCAGCUUAACUUUCGCUCCUCUCUUUGUCACUCUCACCCCCCACCCCUAGCCCUCCAGCCUGGCCCCUAGCCCUCCAGCCUGGCCCCUAGCCCUCCAGCUGGCCCCUAGCCCUCCAGCCUGGCCCCUAGCCCUCCAGCUGGCCCCUAGCCCUCCAGCCUGGCCCCUAGCCCUCCAGCCUGGCCCCUAGCCCUCCAGCCUGGCCCCUAGCCCUCCAGCUGGCCCCUAGCCCUCCAGCCUGGCCCCUAGCCCUCCAGCCUGGCCCCUAGCCCUCCAGCCUGGCCCCUAGCCCUCCAGCCUGGCCCCUAGACCUCCAGCUGGCCCCUAGCCCUCCAGCUGGCCCCUAGCCCUCCAGCCUGGGUUCCACAGCUUGUGUUGUGUGUGCGAUAUGGCUUGACCGAAUGCCACUCUGCAAAACCCCAUGGCUGCAAAUACAGACACAAACACACCAGAAACAGCCUCACUGAAACAGUACAGUAUCCCAGGUAGAGUUCUGGUUAUUUGGGGGCUUUUUUUGGCUUCUGUUACCUCAGUUUCCUGGUUAGGUUCAAGCCGUAGGCCCUACAUUGACAACACAUCAAUUAUUUUACAGUUCAAUUGUUGUUUCGAGGGUCUUAUUAGUUUUGGACAGCGAGCAAUGUUCUCGCUUUUGCAAGCGAGAACAUUGGCAAACUUUUUUUGUUUGUUGAAGGUGUUCGUGGUGAAAUAUCCAAGAUAUGUCUAAGUGAUACAUGUUGUGUAAGAUAAACACACCAGACAGAGAAACCUAUUGACCUGAAGCAGAUUGUCAUUCUUGCAUCACAAUCAGCCUACUCCGUAUAACCCAUCGGAAACAAGCAAUUUCCUUAUUUUGCGUGCUGUUUGUGUCUUGACUAGUCCCCAAGCUUAGACAUCCUGGAAGCAAUAUAUUUUCUAACGUCAGAUUUUUCUGUGUUCACAGCCUUCAUGUGGAGAUGUCUUUCUUUGUUUUAAUGUAGGAUUUCCUGCCAAAAGAGUCUGUUUGUGGGGGAAAAAGAAACAACAACUGUGUAUUUACAGAUACAGCAUGUACAUAAUCUUGAAGCUGUCAUUUUUCUUUUCUUUUUGUUAACAGUGUAAUCUAUGUUACAUCAUAAUUUAUUUUAGGAAGGGGGAAAAAAAUGUUUUGGUUUUUAUGUUUUCUUUCUGAUUUUAUGGAGCAUAGCAGUGGUAGGUUUCACCCUGUCUGGUCCUGCCCUGUGCAACCUGGAUUUAGCUUUGUUCCUGAAGUACCUAUUCAUCUGCAUCAUCCGGCCUUUUGUUAGUCAUAAAAUCAUUCUGAUAAAAUGAUUGCAUGCCUAGAAACAUUUUACACAAGGCUGAGAACCAUCAUAACCUAUUCAACUGCUACAACGAGUGUCACCCUUUUAUCAGUUCAACUCAAGACCACCGGACAUUCAUCUCACAGUUACAUAACUUGAAAACAAUUCAGAGCAUGUCAGAGGGUUUGAUGCGUGCUACAAACAAUGUUUUCUGUCUGUGAUUGGGCUUUGCGCUUAAUUACCGAAGAAACAACAAUAAUUUAAAAAAAAAGACAGAACUAAACAGUUGAACUUGUACUGAAGGAACUGUCCGGUUGAACUGUCCGGUUGUUAAUGAAGGAAUGUCUGUUUUUUUGUGUGUGUUUUUUUAUGUAAGAAGUAAGUAAGAAGAUCUAUCUUUUCCAAGCCCAACCCAUUCUUAUUGGAUGUUUCAGACAGCGGAAUAAAAAACCCUGAUGAUCCCUUUAUGUCCACUCCAACUUGUCAGGAGUCAGCCACUGAAGUUAAAGACUUAAAGCUCUUAAGAUAUUUUGUUAAAAAGGAAAAAAAGAAAAUAUUAUGAUAGUAUAGUUUAAUGUUAGUACCUUGAUUUGACAUGCAGGCAUGUUUUAAUAAAGUUUGGUUUCUUUGUUCUCAGUGUUGUCAUA